CUAUUCCCUACCGUUCCUCCGAGGCCCAACUUCUCCUUCUCCCAAUUCUAUAGACAGUCCCUUACUUCCCUUUCCCUUCUUCUUAUUCAUCAAUAAGUAUUUGGUUGGAACAACUGAGUAGUUAUUUUCUUCCUUGUCCUCCUACCGUCAGGACAAUAUCUUACUAUCUUUGCACAAGUUGACUCAAAUCACUUCUUCUGGAAGCAAUCGUUUCCAAUUCCAGCCAGUGUCUGAUAGUUCGGAUCAUGAGUUGCUGAAAGACCACCGGCUUUUGGAGCACCUGGAGCCGCACCACCAGCAGCUGGUUUCGCACCUUCUUUCUUGUCGAAACAAUCGUUUCCAAUUCCAGCAAGUGUUUGGUAGUUGAGAUCGACCUCCCGGUUUUGGAGCACCGGCAGCAGGGGAAGCUCCACCAGCAGCAUCAGGAGCUUUUCCUUUCUCUUGGAAUACGUUUCCAUCAACUCCAGCAAGAGUUUGAUAAUUUGGAUCGUGUGUUCCUGCGACAGCCGCGAAAAUAUUUGCAUAUUAUUUGGCUGA